CCAGGGUGGUGGCCCACCAGGGUCCCCUCGACGGCCCGUGCAACGAGCAGGUGCAGCUGCUGAGAGGGACGAAGGUGGCGUUCUACUCCGCGGUCGAGGGCCGGGUGAGCCUCUACAUCGGCUUCGUGCAGAAGGUGCGGAUGCAGGUGUCGCACGUGGAGGUGCGCUUCACCGGGGUCGCUCCAGAGGACGCCGAGAUCUCCCCGCACAGCCUCGGCUCGGCGCUCUCACCGGGUCGCUGGAGGCCGGCGGUGGUCGUGCACGAUCUGCCCGAGGACCUGGGGGACGUGGAGGUGGCCGUCGGGGUCCUGCAGGAGCCGGAGCUGUGCGGCGCCGCGGUGUGGAGCAGCCCGAGCGAGCCGUGCAGAGUGCAGGAGCGCGCGCAGAGGCUCAUGCCGCCCCUCACGCCCGUCAUGCUGCCCGACGGCCUCAGCCGGGCGGUGCUCCGCUGGAUAGUGCCCAGCGAGCCGGCGGCGGUCUGCUCGCGGGUGCGGUGGCGAGAGGCGGGGAUCCCCGAUUGGUUCUACCUGGACCCCUCCGGCAUGAUGCGGGGCAGCGAGACGGACGCGGCCCACAAGUCGCGCCUGGUGCCGCUGGCCCCCGGCGCGUGGGCCAGCGCGUACGUGCAGCAGGACGGCCGCAGGACGCCCGCGCCCGUGCCCGUGCGCAUCGUGCAGGUGGACGAGGACGUCGACCAGAUCACCGUGCGCCUCCAGGGGCACACCGCCGGGCCGCUGCGCGUGGCGGAGCCCGCGCGGCGGCCCGGCGAGGGGGCCGGGCCCGCGGGGCGCGGCGGGCCGGAGGGCGGCGAGCACCGCGGGGGGUCGCGGCAGCGGGGCCAGGAGCAGGUCGUGCCCGGCAGCUGGGUCGACGCCGUCUGGGCCGCGGACGGGCCGCACCUGCUGCGGGGGGCCCCGCUGUUCGCCUUCGGCCCCGCGCAGCCCGCGGUGCUCGGCCCCGCGGGCGACGGCGGGUACCUGGUGCACCUGGGCGACGGCGACAGCGAGGAGCCCGAGGAGGCGGAGGAGUUCUGGCUGCCGGGCGUGCGGGCGCCGGAGGAGUGGGCCGAGGAGCUGGAGGUCGGGCCCGAGGGCGCGGUGGGCGACGUGCAGGUGGGCUCCAUCGUGGUGCACGGCCUGCGCGCGGAGCGCCAGUACCAGGCGCAGGUGCAGGUGCUGACCGGCAAGGGGUGGUCUCCGUGGAGCUCCGUGGGGUCUCUCCAGAUGCCCCGCGUCGGGUACGAGCAGGAGGAGCUGGCCUCCGAGGAGAAUACGAACGCGUAUUACAGCGCCAACUUGCUGCCGUUCGCGCUGUUCAAGGAAUACGGCAAGUGCUGGGAGACGAUCGAGGAGUCCCUGCCCCCCGAGCGCUUCUACCGCCUCGAGGCCCUUGCGCGCAAGACGGGCAAGCCGGAGAGCUUCAGCGUCGAAGCCUCCCUCAAGCUCAUUGAUUCGGACGGGCCCAUCCGGCAGAGUUCCAGCAGCCGCGAGCGGGGACAAUCGGGGAGUAUGUACUUCAGGGGGACGGAGGGGAGCAGGGAUGCGUGA